AGAGAGAGAGAGAGAGAAUGCAAACCAUGUGGAUUCAACCAUGGUGAGUUUGUUUUUUCAGAAAGGGUAAUGUGAGCGAGGGAGUGUUGCGUGCGCGCGCGCGUGUGUGUGUGUCUGUGUGUGGACACUUUAGUGUCAACCCAAACGUCGCUGACUGCAUUCUUCUCGCGGAGGAUGACGCGGGCGCAGUACCACUGAAAGGGGGACCCAGAAAGGGAGACAGAGAGAGAGAGAGAGAGAGAGUGAGAGAAGUAGAAGAGAGCCCGAGGAGAAGCGGAAACUUCACUGCCAACGCUCCUUCACAGACCCCUCCAUGCCCGAGCCGGGAGCUGCUCCGCGGCGGAGCCCGCAGGGGGUGCCUUACGCCGAGCUGCGACACUUCGCCAACGCCGACGGACUGCACCUGUUCUGCCGCUACUGGGAGCCCGCCGCCCCGCCAAGGGCCCUGGUGUUAAUUGUCCACGGGGCCGGGGAGCACUGCGGGCCGUAUGAUGAGAUUGCACGGAAACUGAAGGAACUGUCCCUGCUGGUAUUUGCACACGACCACGUUGGCCAUGGUCAGAGUGAAGGAGACAGGAUGAACAUCAAAGACUUUCAGGUUUACAUCAGAGACUCCCUGCAGCACGUUGACCUGGUGAAGUCUCGCCACCCAGACCUGCCCGUCUUCAUCGUGGGUCACUCCAUGGGUGGUGCGAUCUCCAUCCUAGCGGCCUGUGAAAGGCCCGGUGACUUCGCUGGAGUGGUUCUGAUCGCUCCGAUGGUCCAGAUGAACCCAGACUCGGCCACACCGUUCAAGGUUUUUAUGGCAAAAGUCCUCAACCACAUGCUGCCCAGCCUCACUCUUGGCUCCAUCGAUUCCAAAUGGAUCUCGCGGGACAAGAAGCAGGUGGAAUCGUAUGCCGCCGAUGAGCUGAACUUCCACGGCGGCAUGCGGGUGUCGUUCGCCAUGCAGCUGAUGGGGGCGACGGCCCGUAUCGAGAAGGAGAUUCCCUCCAUCAACUGGCCCUUCCUGCUCCUGCACGGCGACGACGACAAGCUUUGCGACAUCACAGGCUCCAAGAUGAUGUACGAGAAUGCUCCCUGCUCGGACAAGAAACUCAAGGUGUUCGAGGGAGGCUACCACUGCCUUCACCACGAAAUCCCGGAGGUGGCCGACACCGUGCUGAAGGAGGUGACCGGCUGGAUCACAGAGCGCCUCCCUGCUACAACUUCGCCACAAGCGCAAGACUCCUAGAAUCGGGACUCUGGCAAACCGGGCGCCGCUCCAAGGGAACUAACAACCUCAUUCCAAGAGGCCUGCUCGCUUUCCAGUCAGGCAAUAACACUACUUCUCCACUCUCUGGUCCGGUUAAUACAUAUACAUAUACACAUAUAUAUAUGUGUAUAGGCCUUAUUUUCUCUGGAUAAAAAAAGUGCACUGAUUGGGCACAAACUAUAAGAAGCUAAAUAUAUCAACCCCAAACCAAACUGAUUUAAAUUGGACAAUGGGGUCAGAAAUUCUUAUUGUAGGUCAGUUUUCCUGCAGCGCAUUUAAUCAGGGAUUUCCGUCAGCGGGCUACCAUGUGAUCAUCUCCAUUGGACCUCCCCGGGGCGCAGCUCAAGUAAAUUAACGUUUGUGUGCUGGGGUUCGAAGUGCAAUAAUGUAGUUUCCUUCACAUGUAAGCACCAGAGAUCUUUUUAAGAAGGACAAACCUGAUGUAGUUUUGUCAUUAGUGAUCUGCACAUUUCCUCUGUUCUCAUCCUCGGGGAUGAGAAAGGUCAGAGGUCAGAAUCCGCAGGGGAACAGCGCCCAUAUGUUCAGUGCAGGGUGAGCGGUCGAUAGUUCGCUCUUCACAAAGCUUUACUGUCUUCACAGAUCAGUGGAUAUAGCGGAACGUUGGUUUGAGGUUUGGUUGGCGUCUUUUGACACUUAUGUGGUAACUCGGAUCACAAGCGCAUGUAACUGUGUAUAUGUAUCAAACCCUCUUUUGUCCUGACUUUUGCAUGUCCCUAUUGUUUGGCCUGACAGAUGCUCGCCAUUGAUAUAUUACAUUACCUCCCCACCACCUCCAUUUUAUUGACCGAGUCAUGAAUGGACACAAAGACUUUCCAUGGAAAUGACUAUCGUUCUUUCAGUGAGCUUUAAUAGUCUAUUGCCAUGACGAGGAUGUAGAAUAACAAGGUGAAGCAGCUUUCUCUCCCUGUAAGUGGGUGUAAGAGGGAGAAUGCAACGUUCCCCACCUCCCCCCUGUGACCUUUGACUUUUAGGGUCAUUCUCUGCAGCUGUAACAUCAUUAAGCCCGGACGGCAGACAAGAACCCAGCUGGAAGAAUAAAGGGCCGCCCAUUGCUCUGUUACUGAGGACAAAAGAGUAGACGUCCUCUGUUCAACAGCCUCUGUCAUUGAGUGACACUUUUAUCCAAAGCAGCUCCAAGUAACAUGGAUGUAUGCGUUUCCUUGCAUGACAGAGGAUAGUUCUUUCUAUGGGGAGACCACUAAGAAUUAAAGAUCUAAAUAUUAUACCAGAGCAAUCUAGAAUAUACUCUCCAUACAUAUAGUAUGUUAACACAUGAAUACUACCAAUUUAAUACAAAUAAUUUGAUAUAAAAACACAUAUAUAUUACACACAUAGAAAACAUAUAUAUAGAGGAUAUGAUUGAUUUGAUUUGAUUUAAACAAAUAAAAAUAAACUUUACAACCGCUAGCUAGAAAUAAUGUGCUGUAUGUUUUUUAUAAAUCCCAUCUACAGUGAAAAUGGCUGAAGCAGUGGUGCAGUGAAUAUUCUCGAUGUUCCCAAAGUAUAAACCUGUCACUUCUCAAGGAGUCAUGGUACUUAAAGUCCGACCUGGCUUCAAAUCAUUUUUCAACAAAACCAUAGCAAUAAUGUCACAGUAGCCUAUAUUUUUGUUAGACGUUAAUUGUAAGAUAGAUGGACACACACUGAGCUGCGUUUUAGAUUAUGAGGUGGACUGUAAUUAGCAGUGAUGAUUUCUCCACCUAUUCAUCAAGCAUAAGAAAGUUUCAGUAUUCAGAGUUAAGAGUUUAAAUGUUACAUUUAAUAUGAAAAGGAUCCAACAUUCUGUGGCCGUUCAAACAUGCCUUCAGACACCAUGCGUGUCUCAUUGGAAAAACAUCUAGUGUGAGCCGUCACCCUGGCUCUUUAGAAGCUGUUUUGUACUCUAUCACACAGAGUUCAAAGGGAAUGGUGGAGAGAGUGUAGGGGAACACGGUGUGCUAUCGACGCUGACCAUCACUCACACGUAACCACGGCAGCAAGCAGGCGCUACGGUAGAAUUUCUUUUCUCUGUGUCACAUGUGUAGUAACCAUCGUGGUCACUGCAAGACAGAUGCUUUUUGGGCUUCAUGCCUGCUCGGUCUUUACGUUUUCUAUUUCCUCGCUUUGUCUCUCCCUAUCUCACCCUGUUGCAUCGAUUUAUUAUUUUUUUUAAGUUGCUGUAGUGACCAGCGUCCUUUGUUCUGUCCAUCACAGAGCCCCUUGUUCCAGAGCUUAUUGAAACAUCUUGUUCUGUCGGCCACCCACACUGUCCCUAGUGGCCACUCUUCCAUCCGGAGGGCAGCCACUCGUUUAACAGGAAAGACAUUACCACUGACUUUGCGAGGCUAAAUGCUGUAUCAAACUCGCUAAAUGACUUCAGGGAUGCAACAACGUUGAUGUCUCUGAGUCUGUAUGCAAUUAGGAUGAUUUUCAAGCUCUGGUGAGAGUUAGGGUCUGGUUUUUCCUUCAUUAGAUUUGAUAUGGUCUGCACGGUAUUGAAACCACACAGUUGCAUUGUAAAAAAAGAGAUUACUCAAUUGAGAUCUGCACAGAAAUGAGCACAUGGUCGACUUAUAAAGUGUUUGACGGAUUGGGUAAAAUGCAAAUAAAAAAUAAUAUACAAUAAAAAAAAAGUGCGAAAGAAAAGUAAAAUAAAUAGAAGGGAGUUCAGAAUUGCAGUGCAGUAGACCAAAAAUCAGGUUACAUUAGCUUAGGUAAAGACACUGAUUGAGAUGUAAUGCGCUCGUCACUCGCAGCGGGAGCCAGACCGUUAACCCUUAACCUCAUAUCACAUCACUUCAAACACAAUCUAUUCCUGAUUGAGCCGCAGCAGGAACAGCAAACACAAAGGCUGCACAGUCCCAGUUGUAUUCAAACUGGAAAUAGGACCCAGGCUGCACGAUGGAUUCAGACGCCUUCAGUCCAUUUAAAAAGCUCUACCCGACAGACGACAUAAGUGCAUAUUACUGCUAUGGUUGCCUAUGGGGGAGGGGAUGAAUGGAGUUGGGGUGAAAGAAGAAGAAGAAGAGGAGAGAGAAGCUGUCGGUAACCAUGGAAGCAUGGUUCUUCACAUGAAAUCGUUGGUUUGUUGCAGAUUGCGAGGCAGACGUAGCUGAGCUGGCAGAGCAGGUUGGCCAUUUUGCUGCUCGGAGGAUUCCCUUUUUAGUGAGCGUGGAGAUAAGAGAGCAAACGAUUCUAGUCAUCAGCUCACGGUGAAUAGCGAGAGCUGCACACAGUCCGUGGAUUCAUACCAGGCUGGUCUGCUGUUUGUACUUAAAAUACACAAUGUUUUUUUUGGGAAUAUUAAUGUCAAAAUGUUUAUUUUUUCAAAGGGGUUUAUGUAUUAUUUCACCCCCAUCUAUCCAACACUUGUAUUUGGAAUCAGGCCUUCAAAUGUGUGUAAUACCUGACAUGACAACUGGUGUGUGGACUCGUACAUGCAUGAAUUGUAUGCAGGUUUGCCAUAUUCUGAGAUAGCCAUGUACUUUGUUCAUAUGUAAUAAUCCAAUCGACUGUUAAUACCGGUUUUAUUUAGGAUAGAAGUUCUAUGUUGUAAGGAGGGGGGGGUCUUAUUUGGCUUCAGCUUUUCUGACAAAACAAAUUCAGUUGGAUUGUAGGUUUGUGAAUAGGGUGUUUUCUUUUAUUGCGACUUUUUGACUGUUUCUAAGAAAAGAGCUGUUCUGUAGAGGGCGCACAGGACAGUCUUUCUCUAAUUUUAUGAGAUUAAAGUGCACUCGAAAGAUUCAGUGCUAGGUCUGCACGAAUGGAGUCUGGCAAAGUGGACAGCAAGACUUGAAGAGGUGAUCUCCACAAUGCUGUAAAUGUAUUAACAUAGAUGAUCAAAGUUGUUGUCAUCAUUUCCCAAGCUGGGAACUCAAAUUACCCACUAGUCCAUAAUAUAUAUUUGAUUGAUAAUGCAGAUGUCCUUUUAACAUUGGUAAUAUUUCAUUUUGGAACAAAACCCUCACUCAAAUCUUGCUGAUUUAUUUAUUGUGGUUUAUUGAUUACUGAACAGGAUUUUAAUACACUGUACAAUAGAAUAGUUUAUCCAACAAAACUUGAUGGUUGUAAAAAAAGCCCCAGAUGUAUUUUACCAAUCCAUCAUAUCUAUAUUAUUUAUAGGAAUUAAUUUGAUCUAUAAUCUACUAUAUAUUGAUUAUGCAUCAUGACACUUUUUAUACCAUAAAGCAGUCAUAUUCUGUCAUAUUUACUGUGACAAAGCUCCAUAAUACUUUUUAAGAUGGAAACUUGUUCAAGGUUGUAUGUUUGUACAGCAAUCCCAAAAAUGUAUGACAAUGAUUCUGAUAUGAUUUUGCAUAGAGAGUAUUUUACUACUGUGUUGAAGUUGGAUUUGAAUAAUUUCUGCUGUUUGUUCCACAAUUAUAAAUGUUUAAACUAUUUAAUUUUAAAAUGUUUUGUAAUGAGUUUGUAACAACAGGGUGUAAUCGCUAAAGGUUUGGGAAAAUCUUGUACUUCUUUCCCAAAUUUGCAUUUCAGGAAUGUAACUUUCUCUUUACUGCUCCUAAAGUAUAUUGUCCUUAAAAAAGAAAAAACUUUAAUGUAGCUUUCUGAAAUCAUAACAACCUGUGUUACAUCUUGUGUUACAUAGUUGAAAAGAAGUCAAGAUAUGUUUGAGGACUAAUUUGCAGGUAUCAAGUUUUCUUCCAAUAACCGCAUGUUUCAGCAUUCCACACAAAUAAAAGAUUUUUAUGGGAA